AUUAUUUAAACUAAGGUAAGUCUGCUAAUAAAAUCAAACGUUUAAGCGUGUUACGUUCAGAUUAUCAUCAGUAUUUUUAAUAUGAAAAGUUUUAACGAAUUUUCCGUUGUAGUGAUAAUAGGGUUUAUGAUAUUGCAGGUUGCAUUUAGUGGGAAUGCUGAUAGACCAUCCAACAAUGACAUACCUGCUAAAGAGUCUACACAGAGUGAAAUGAAUUCGUAUGGAAGUGGAACACAUCAUCAUGAUCGUGACGAUAUUUCUGAAAUUUGGGAAGCGACAUUAGAAGACAAAGAUGUGUGGGGUCUCUUGACACUUGUAUUGAACUCUGUGAAAAAUGUUGCUACCAAUGAAGUGGGAUCCGACACUAUGCGUUCAUUGAAUAAUUUCUACAAAGAAGUCAGAACAAAUAAAGAAAGUAACGAAGUAUUUAAAAUGUUCGGCCAAGUAGUUUUAACAUUCUUAAAAAUUGCUGAAGCUAGCUCUGGACUAGAUGGCAAGACAAAGGAAUUGAUAAGUCGCUUUCGUAAUGAUGAAAAUAAGAGACUUCAUUUGGAAAAAAUUCUUUCACGAACCAUUAAUUUGUUAUCAAAUGAUGUCACUCGUAAAAACUUAGAAGUAAUGGCCAAGGAAGGUACAAACUUACUUAACCCAAGUUCAAACGAUAAAAAAAUAAGUAAUAUGCAUUCAGGAAUAUCUAAGCAGUUUUCAAGAGGAACCAAAUUCAUAUAAUUAUUUAAUAGUUAGUAAAUAAUUUAUAUUUUUUACUAAAAAAAAAGUAAUAAAAGUUCAUAAUUAUGUUUGUAAUGCUAUACCCAAUAUUUACAGAGAAAACGAAUAAAAACUACUGCAAUUGUUUACA